GACCGACCCACCGCGCUACAAAACCCCGCCGACUGCCACACGCGGCUCUUGGGCGCCUCCGAGGAACGAGAGAAGGGCUAACGUGACGGGACGGGACUGGGCAUUUAAAAGCAGCUUCCUGUCUUUGUGCCAGCAACAAUGCCACCCCCGCCAACCACUAAUCUGGGUUAUAUUCCCCCUGAUGGAGGAUGGGGCUGGGCUGUUGUGUUUGGAGCCUUUAUGUCCAUCGGCUUCUCCUAUGCCUUCCCCAAAGCCUUGACCAUCUACUUCAAGGAGAUUCAAGAGUUCUUCUCUGUAUCCUACAGUGAGAUAGCCUGGGUGUCAUCCAUCAUGUUGGCAACCAUGUAUGCUGGAGGUCCAGUGAGCAGCAUCCUUGUGAACAAAUAUGGCAGCAGGCCUGUGGUCAUCAGUGGUGGUGUGAUGUGCGCCGUUGCCAUGGUGGCUGCAUCCUUUGGUACCAGCAUCAUUCAGCUCUACAUCUGCGUUGGAGUCAUUGGAGGAAUGGGCCUUGCCUUCAACCUGCAGCCAUCCCUGACUAUCAUUGGCAAGUACUUCCUGAAGAAGAGACCUAUGGCCAAUGGCCUGGCUAUGGCUGGCAGCCCGGUGUUCCUGUGUACCUUGGCUCCUGUCAACCAGCUGCUUUUUGACACUUUUGGCUGGCGGGGAAGCUUCUUCAUUUUGGGAGCCUUGCUACUGAACUGCUGUGUUGCUGGCGCUUUGUUUCGGCCCAUUGGCGUAACCUCCACGAGUGCUCAGAAACAACAGCCAAUCGGCGAAGAGAAAGUGAACAAUGGAGCCUCCAGUGAGCCGUCGAGUCGUCAGGCCGCAAACCUGUUUUCUGGGAGAGAGCCGGCUAAGCCUGCGGGCUGCUGCCAGAAAGUCAAUAAAUUCAUCGAUAUCUCCCUCUUCAAACACAGGGGCUUCCUCAUCUACCUCAUUGGAAACGUCUUGAUGUUUUUUGGCUUUUUUGCUCCCAUCGUGUUCUUGGCUCCUUACGCCAAGCACCUCGGCAUCGAUGAGUACUCGGCAGCUUUCCUGCUCUCUAUCCUGGCCAUUGUUGACAUGAUCGCCAGGCCCGGCACGGGAAUGCUGGCCAACACGAGGUGGAUCAGGCCCAAGAUCCAGUAUUUCUUCAGUUUCUCAGUUGCUUACAAUGGCGUCUGUCACCUCCUGUGCCCUUUGGCCUCUGGGUAUUUGGGGCUUGUGAUGUAUGCUGUCUUCUUUGGCUUGGCAUUCGGCAUGGUCUGUGCCUUGCUCUUUGAGACCCUGAUGGACCUGGUUGGAGCGCAGCGCUUCUCGAGUGCUGUCGGACUGGUCACGAUCAUCGAGUGCUGCCCGGUUCUGCUUGGACCACCCAUUGGAGGUGCCCUCGUGGAUGCGUUUGGCGACUACAAGUACAUGUACUACGUCUGCGGUGCCGUCAUGCUGCUGGCGGGCAUCUUCCUCUUCAUAAUGAACUACUACAACUACCGCCUGCUGGAGAAGGAGGAGAAGGAGAGAGAGAAGGAGGAGGAAGAGGAGAAGGUGGAGCUGGAAAUCCCAGGAUCAGAGGCCUGCUGUGAGUCUGAGGAGACAAACGAGAAGCCCACCACAGCAGAGCAGGAGGAGGCCUGAGCUGGGGGGGGGUCACUGGGGGGUCAUCUUUGUGCAAACGGCCUGUUCAACGAAGGGCGGGCUGCCCACCCAUCAUGUGAAUUAGCCAUCAUGUGAAUUAGCAGUUUGUGCCCAAGUGCCCCUGGGUAUCUGGUGACAGGCCGCACAUUGUGCCACACACCCAACCUUUACAAACCCCAGUUUUUUUCUUUUAAUUUUGUGUGAUUUUAUUUAUUUUUAUGGACAGUUAAAGCCAAACAAGUCUUAUCAGGGCACCCAAAGUAUGAGCAGGUCCUGGUGUUGCGCCCACCGCCUUGUUUUACCCCCUUGAGAGGUGGAGGGCGUCUUCAGGAAUGGGUUUUUCUGGUGUUUUUUAUGCUAGGGCUCGCGAGCGGCUGCAGGUCAUAAUGGUGGUGGGUCGCUGCUCCGACGAUCGCACUUGACUCACUAAGGGGGAGCUGGUGGGUCACAGAGACACCUGAAUCAGCAGCGCUUGGUGACACAAAAAUAAAAAAAUGGCUGAUAGAGCCUUGCCCAGCAUUCCGGUGGGCACUCUGUGUGUGUCCCCCCCCCUUUAUUGGUGUUUCUUUUUAGUUUAUUGAUCAAGAAGUGAAGUGGCAAAGGUGGUCAGGCCUCUCGACUCCAGCAGCCCGCUUCGAGAUCCGUUGCUUGGUCGUCGUCAUCCGUGUGUGUGUGUGUGUGUGUCUCUCAAUCGGCGUUGUCUGGGGUCAAGUUCUACUUUGCCCUUAGUGCUGCCAGGCCAGGAGGGGCUGCCAUGAUUACACUUAAAAACUGUGACAAGUGACGACACUGGGGCAUUGGGCCUCACACCCCCCCGCCAGCUCAGCCUGUUAAUCGAACUCCUAAUCGAGGUCGGCGACUUCUUGCAGCUGUCGAGUGUGACAUUCCUGAUGUCACUCCUGUACGUGAAACCCAAUAAAAGACUCGGUGUUCAGG